AUGGACCGCCGCUCAACUGCCGCGGUGGCUGGUCUCGCUGCGCUCGCCAUCCUGGCCGCCAGACUGGCAAGCCCAGUAGCUCCAUACCAGAUCCUGGCAUGGAAUGUCCUGAAGCUGGCGCCCCUGCCAGCAGCGCGACCUGGGGCGGCGUUCACGGCCGCCCGCCUGCGGCCCGACGGCAGCUGCGCCGUCGCACCCGACGGGCCGGUGCGCUUCCGAUUCGCGCCCGUGGACGUCGCGGCGACCGUGGGGACCAAGAUGUCGGGCUUCAGGCACUGGGUGAGGUCUGCGGACGGCGCCCUCGUCAGCGAGCGGGUCGUGAACGGCUCCGAGCCGCAGCUGGAGCUGCAGGGCCUGCCGCCCGGGCGGCACAGGUGGGGCGUGCAGUGGUGGCCCGCGGACCCCGCUGGCGCCGUAUCCGCCGAGGCCGAGUCCGAGGUCCUCGUGGCGCCCCGGGGCGACGCGUGGGACGGGGUCCCCUGGCUUGGGUCGCACGCCGCUAACGAGUUCCGCCUCGAGGCGCGCACGCCGGCCGCGAGCGACGCGGAGCUCCUCGUGGCCACCCUCGGCUUCGGCUACGCGAAGGUGAACGGCCGCGAGGUGUCCAAGGACGUGCUCAGCUACUCCGGCUGGACGGUCACCGAGAAGCGCGUGCUCUACCGCAGCUACAAUGUCACGGGCCUCCUGCGCAGCGACGGGCUGGCCGAGAUCUUCGUCGGGCUGGGCUGCGGGUACCGCUGCGACGCGAAGGACCAGUCGCGCUUCCCCGGCAAGACGCCGCCCCCGCACGACGCGGUCCCGAAGGUGUUCCGCCUGCAGCUGCGAGUUGGCGGGGAGCUCGUGGUGCACAGCGGCACCCCCGGGUGGCAGUCGCGAGCCGGCCCAGUCGUCGACGAUUCGGUGUACGACGGGGAGACAUACAACCAGACGGCUGCCACAGUGUGGAGCCAAGCCGCCGCGCUCGCGGCGGGCCAGGGCCCUGCUGGCGCCAUGGUCCCCGCGAGCUUCCCCGGCGUCCAGGUCACGCAGGUCGACGCCCCAGCAGCCGUCACCGAGCCAGCUCCUGGCGUGUUCGUGGUCGACUUUGGGUCCAACGUGGCUGGCGUCUGCCGCAUUUCCAUCCCCUCGGCGACCACCGUCGUGCUUAGGCACGGCGAGGUGCUGGAACACGCGUUCAUGCCCGGCGUGCUGGAGCCCAGGCGGGGGCGCGUGUAUUUCGGCAACCUCCGCUCGGCGAAGCAGACCGACACCAUCGUUGCAGCGGGCCCUCUUACAGAUUGGUGGCCUCGGUUCACCUACCACGGCUUCCGGUACGUCGAAGUCACGGGCUUCCCGGGGAUGCUGACAGCCGCUGGCAUAUCUAGGCUGCGCCUCCACACUGCCCUGGAGCCGAAGGCGCAAGUCACCUUCGGUGAUGAAGUGCUGCAGGCCAUUCACGAGGGCUCGCGUGGCUCGCAACUGUCGAACCUGAUACAGCUGCCAACAGAUUGUCCGCAGCGCGAUGAGCGGGUCGGCUGGCUGGGGGACGCCAGCCUCUCCGCGGAGUCGAUGUUCCUCCACUUCGACUACGCAGGAAUGGCCGCGGCGUUCACCGACUCAAUCGUAGACAGCAUGGGCGAAGACGGUACUCUGCCGGACAUCGUGCCGUGGGUGCGGCCAUCGCCGCCUCGCCCAGGAGACUCCUCGUGGACAGCAGGCCUUCUGGAGAUCCUGACGCAGGCUUGGAGAGUGGAUGGCGACCUUGAGCCAGCGAGAUCGUGCUGGCCAGCCAUCCUAAAGCAUGCGGCGCGCGUGGAGAGCCAGUUUCUGAAGUUGAAAACCUUCAAGAAGUGGCCGGAGAAACACGGCGACUGGGCUGCGCCGCCGCACGCGCUUGGGGCCCCUACAGGCCGGAAUCCCAAAGAGCGAGAGACGGCCUCGCACGGAUUCGCCGCCGCUUUCUCCGCGACCCGCACCAUGCAGCAAGCGGCCGAUCUCGCAGGCGCGCUUGGCCUGGAAGCCGAGGCGAACCUCUCGGCCGUUGCUCGCAGGAUGCGGGAGGAAUUUCACAACAGCUUCUUCCACCAGGGGAAACGAUCUUACGACACCGGCACAAUGUUGAGCUACGUGCUGCCCCUUGCAUUGGGCGCGGUGCCGCGCGACGUAGACGCCGAGGUAUUCCGCGGCCUGUUGGACCACAUUGCCCGCAAGAAUGGCACAUGGUCUGGCGGCAUAAUCAACAACCGUUUCCUGUUCGACCUGCUGGCCGACCAUGGCCACGCAGACCUCGCGCUGGCCAUGCUGAGGCGCAGGGACUACCCGUCGUACGGCUACAUGUACUUCAACGACCUGGAGCCCGCGAGGGAGUGCAUGUGGGAGGUCCCCGACGCCCCCUUCCAGGGCGACCAUAUCAACUCCAGGAACCACCACAUGUAUUCCUCCGUCGGCUCCUACCUCGUCCGCCGGCUGGCGGGUCUGAGCAGCGGCCCUGGUGCGGGGGAGCUGACAGCGGUCGUGGGCCCGAGGGGCCUCCCGAACGCGACGGCGCGCCUGCGCACGCCGCGCGGUGAGGCCGCAUGGGCCUGGGCGUGGACCGGCGACGGCCUCUCGGCAGAGCUCCUCGUGCCCGUGGGGAUGCGCGCGAAGGUCUGGCUGCCCGGUGAGCUGUACGUCCGGUUGCCGCCAGGGGCGCCGAAGCACAGGGCGCCGCGCGAGCUGCGGGAGGACUUGGCCAUGGCCGCAGGUGGUGGUACGACAAGUGGGGAGGCCCUCAACCACAACGGUCUCAGAUGUGCCAUCGCCAAUUUCAGCCUGACCUGGUUUGGCCCAGGGAUACCAGCGAGUGUAUGCUGGGCGCCCUUGGUCCUGACCGCGCCGCCAGGCAGGUAA